AUCCCUCGCUUUUGAAAGCUUUAGGGGUUGUUUCAUAAUUCAUACGAACAAAAUCCUGCUUUCGGCUGCUUCGGCUGCUUCGGCGUUCCCUUUCCUUUUUCUAUAAAAAAGCACUUAACUUGUUCUCUUUCUAUUAGGUUCAUCUAUCUUCGAUUUUACAACCAAAUUUGAGAUUUUGAUUAUCUCACUGCUCUCAAAUCACAUCUUUAUUUGACUUUCUUUUGAUCUACCGUCUACAUUUAUCUUCCUAUUAAAAUCUAGGUUCUGAGUUCUACCUGUGUUCCUCAAUCGGAGAACUUCGUGUUCUCCAAAGCACUGAAGUUCCUUAGAAUAAUGGUUCUGUUGCGGAAGAGUAUUAUACUACGUAAAUUCUGCUUCGUUGUGGAGAAACAUCGCGUUCAGAAAAGCUUCUAUUUUUGGAUAUUUCAAAUCUUCAAUAGAUACAGCAUUGGCCGUUAAAAAACAUACUUCGAUCUAAUGAAGUAGUGUGCAGCUUUUUAUUUUAAAUUAUUUCAGCCUAAAGCUAGGUCUUUUAGAAAUUUUCAAACUCGGAUUUCAAAAUUGUUAUAACUUCGAAGGGUGGGUGAUAUGUCUUUACCUCCUGGUUUCCGCUUCCACCCUACGGAUGUUGAAUUGGUGGAAUAUUUCUUAAAGAGGAAAGUGGAUGGGCUGAAGAUUGAGCUUGAAGUGAUUCCAGUUAUUGACCUGUACAAGUUUGAUCCAUGGGAGUUACCAGAAAAAUCAUUCCUGCCAAAAAGAGACAUGGAAUGGUUCUUCUUCUGCCCUCGCAAUCAAAAAUAUCCGAACGGUUCUCGCACAAAUAGAGCAACCAGUUCAGGCUAUUGGAAAGCUACUGGUAAAGAUAGAAAAAUCAUCUGUGAGUCUUCCAUCAAAGGACUAAGGAAAACUCUUUUUUUCUACCGGGGAAGAGCUCCUGGAGGAGAAAGAACUGAUUGGGUUAUGCAUGAGUACCGUUUAUAUGAUGAUCUUCCUCAAGGAAACAUAUCUUUCUUGGGAGCUUUUGCUUUGUGCCGUGUUGUUAAAAGAAGUGAUCAUUUGCAUCAGCUAGGAGAGGCUAAAGCUAAAAUGGCUCUUGAUUCUUCCACAAGUGAAAUCUGCAAGACAAAAUGCAGUAGUGAAGUGAUAAACCUCCUUGAUCUGGGCAAUGACACAUUCCCUGAAGCUUUUUCCUAUGGAAAUAGCUUUGAGGUAGCCCAACAUAUAGCAGAUUCUUGUCAAACCAAAUAUCAGUCACCGCUUGUUCUUUCACGUGCUUCAAAGAUUAUUUCACUUGAAAAUGACAUAUCUGAGAAGAUAUUCCCAACUCCAUUUCCUACUUACUCUACAGAAACUUGUCAAAUUAAUGGAAUGUCUCCAGUUGCAUCUUGUUCAAGUUUCACAGACGAAGCUUCAAUCUGUCCAAGCCCAAUGCAUUGCAUGAACUUCUACUUCAAUGAAGAGAACAUGUCGGUGCCAGGAUUUGAAGCUUGGAAUCCCAUGAUAUAUACUCCAUUAUGCCGUCAAGCUAGUGCAGAUGAACCAAAUCUAUGCUCUCAGGAAGAUAGUUUCAAGUAUAUGGUUUGAAUGUUUUUAUAUAAUGCUGAAGUAUAUGAGCUAUGUCUAGAGGCAACGUCUUUUACUGAUUGCCCUGAUAAAGAAAUAUGAGUAAGCUUAGUUGAUAAGUUGAGAGUAAAGAUCUCCAAAAGAAACCUUGUUAUACUUGCAAUUGGAGAUAAUUUUAUUGGUGUUUGCAAGUGGUGAGGUACAUCUAAGGCUUCGAUUGGAUGAUUUUUUUGUUGCUUCUUAAAAUAACUUUUUAGUACAAAAGAAAGCUCCUUUAAGAAGAAAUAAGAAACCGUCACAAACAAAGCCUAAGUUUCUACUUAGACUAUCAUGUCAUCAAAAUCUAGCUUGUGGAUUUAUUAAAUAACAAGAAGCUUUUGAUUCUGGGAUA